AUGCAACAUCGCGUCAUUCAACUUCUUCGUCAGUACUGUUUGAAUGACAGAGAGGUUGCGCUGGAGUUUGUCUCUGACGCUUCCGUAAAUUUCGAACACAGUCGUUUCGACAGAGUCAAUUAUGAGGAUGCUAAUAUAAAUGUGGGUUUGCCUAUUUUCACCAUUCAUGGGAAUCAUGACGAUACAGCUGGAAAGGUAUGGGUCCUAACUAUUCUCGAUGUUUUGCAUGAGGCAGGUCUGGUCAACCUAUUUGGCAAGUUCUCGGAUAUUGAUCAGUUUGACGUUAGUCCUAUCCUCCUACGGAAGGGCUCAACACGUGUAGCAUUGUUUGGUAUAGGAAGUCAGAGAGAUGAUCGACUCUGCAGAGCCUUCGCUGGACAUACCAUACGGUUUCUACGACCUCGCGCUGGAUACGAUGACUGGUUCAACAUCUUAGUCCUUCACCAGAAUCGCCCAAAAAGGUCGACGCUUCGCUCGACUGGGGCCUAUCUUCCGGAGCAGUACAUCCCGACGUUUUUCGAUCUUGUUCUUUGGGGACAUGAACAUGAAAGCAAACCACAUUGCCAGUAUGUAGCUUCAUCUGAUGCAGCUGGUGAUGGCUUUUACAUUCUACAACCAGGUUCGACAAUCGCUACCUCGUUGACAAGGGAGGAAGCACUGCAAAAGAACGUCUUUCUUAUUAAGGUCAAAGGCAGAAAGUUCCAAUGCAAACCGAUCCCACUGCAAACAGUUCGUCCUAUGGUAGUUGACGAGAUUAUCCUUGACACCUUACCAGAAGGAGUAAGGCUUCCAGCAAACGGUGUACGACCGUCUGGAGGUGGAUUUGUUCUGCCUAUUCACGGCCGUCAAAUUGGUGCCAAGUUCGAGGAUCAAGUGGCAAAUGCUUCGGAAAUUGUGGUAACAAGGAGGGUGAUCGAGAAAAAGAAGAAAAAAGGAGGUGUAAGUAUGGAAGAGGACCAAGGUGAUAUUAUUGAUGCGGCAUGUCUCGAUCAAGUGAUUUCCGAACAUUUUAACAAACUACCAUGGGAGGAGCGUCUCACCGUAUUUACGCAUCCUAUAAUUGGAAAAGCACUAUCGGCAUUUGAUGACGAAGAAAAAGCCAAUACCGCGAAAGCGAACCAAGAAUUCAGAACUGCUCUAGAGAAGUUUGGUAAUCUGAAGUCUGACAACUUUGAAAUGAUGGUUCGAAACGAUCUUAACGUACUGAAACGACAGACCUAUGGAAUUCAAGGUGGUGCUGUAACGAACAGGGACGAAUUUGAUGAUGAAAUGGAAGAUGGCGCAUAA